AUGUCCUCCUCCCCACCUCACCCUUACACCUGGCGCCAACAGAGUCACGGCGCCCUCCACCACUUUGGAGCGAUGGAUUCGAUGCACCCCGACCCCGACUCGGCGCCGCUGCCGUCCCUCGCCGACUUGCGUGAGCAAGUCGCGCGCCUCGAGGCGGCACACCGUGAACGAGGCCUCAACCUCUCGGGCCGUAUCAUCCACGUCUGCCACCAACUGCCUGUCGAGAUUGUCCGCGUCAUUCAACCCACGGCUGACGGAGCGAACGGGCUCGACAGCAUGGGUGGCCUUUCUUCCCCAAUCACACACGACUUUAAGCCCGAGGACUCGACGACGUUUGAGAGCAAGAAUGCAAAGUGGAAGAUCCACAGCCGGCGCGGGCACACCGCCAUGAUCUCGGGCAUUAGAAGCCUGAGCUUGUCGCACGAACAGCUUGUGGUUGGAUGGAGCGGCGAGGUGCUCCUCCAGCCUGCUGACCCACCUCCAACCCCUCCGUCGCGCCGGACCGAUCACCUCAAGUUCCUGCUUGAGCACACGGUCGAGCUGCACGCUAAGGUCGAGGACCCGCCGCUCAUGGCCUCCAACAGCGAGUUCUCGAAUAGCGAGCAGCAAGAGAUCGAGACUGAACUGCAUAACUUCUCUGAUCUCGAAGCAAAGCAAGAGCCAAACGGCAAGCUCACGUACAUUCCCGUCUUCCUGCCUCCAGACGUCAGCAAGGGUCACUACGAGGGCUACUGCAAGACGACCCUCUGGCCGCUCUUCCACUACCUCCUAUGGCUCGACUCAACAGCCACCAUGCCAUCCCCCGACACGAGCUGGAUCGCGUACCAAAAGGCAAACGAGCUGUUCGCCCGCCGCGUCACCCAGGUCUACCAGCCUGGCGACCUCAUCAUCGUCCACGACUACCACCUGCUCCUCGCGCCCAGGUACAUCCGCGACAAGCUGAACCUCGCGCUCGGGAUCAGCGGGAAUCUGUCCUCGGCUGCGCCCUCACCAGCCAUCGGCGCGUCGCUCCAAGCAGCACAGCAGCGUGGGAUGGACUGGGGCGUGCACAGCCUCGUAGGCGCGCUCAAGACCUCUGGGCUGAGCAACGACAACAACAGGCCGGGUUCGCCAAUCAAGGCUGCGAUGCUGGGCGAGGAUCUCAAGGCGACGACUAACGGAGGUAGCAACGGCGGGAGCCACGCUCGUCCCCACAACGAGGUCAUGAUCGGGCUCUUUGUUCACACGCCGUGGCCGAGUUCCGAGAUCUUCAGGUGUUUGCCAAAACGCAGCGAGAUCCUCGAGGGCAUGCUCGGCGCGAAUACCGUAAUCUUCCAAACGUACUCGUACUCGCGCCACUUUGUCUCGAGCUGCAUCCGCGUGUGCGGCUUCGAAUCGACCUCGACUGGGGUUGACGUCAACGGUCAGACUGUCGCGGUCAGCUACUGCCCGAUCGGCAUCGACAUCGAGAGAGUCGCAAGAGACUGCGAAUCCCCCGGCGUCACGCCCAAGGUGAAGGCGCUGCGCGAUCUGUACCACGACAAGAAGAUCAUCGUCGGCCGCGAGAAGCUCGACGCGCCCAAGGGCGUGUAUAACAAGCUCCAGGCCUUUGACAAGUUCCUCCAGGUCUACCCCGAGUGGCGUAACAAGGUCGUCCUCAUCCAGGUGACUACUCCGGCGUUAUCCGAGUCGCCGACGCUCGAGCGCAAGGUCGCCGAGCUCGUCAGCCACAUCAACGGUGCAUACGGUAGCCUCAACUUUACCCCUGUCCACCACUACCACCAAGCGAUCGAGAGAGACGAGUACUUUGCGUUACUCUCCGUGGCCGACCUCGCGCUGAUCACGUCGUUGCGCGACGGCAUGAACACGACGUCGAUGGAGUUCAUCAUAUGCCAGCAGAAGACGAACAAGUCGCCGCUCGUGCUGUCCGAAUUCAUGGGCACGAGCACGGCAUUCCGCGACGCGCUCACGAUCAACCCACACGACCUGCUGGGCGUCGCGGACGCGAUCAACCAAGGCCUGAGCAUGCCGCUCAGAGAGAAGGAGCAGCGCUCCGAGGCCAUGUACCAGAGCGUACUGGCACACACAUCCCACACAUGGGCUGCAACUGUGCUCAAGCUCCUCCUCGAGAACGUCGGGAGCGAACACACGGCGCACCAGACACCCGUGCUCGACUUGCAGGACAUGGUGCACAAGUACAAAGCCGCCCACAAACGCCUCAUGUUAUUCGACUACGACGGCACGCUCACGCCUAUCGUCAAAGUUCCUUCUCAGGCGAUCCCGACGGAACGCACACGCGCCGCGAUCCGUGAGCUCGCAGCCGACCCCAAGAACGUGGUGUACCUCAUAUCAGGGCGCGACGGCGACUUCCUCGAGGAGCACUGGGGUAUGGUGCCAAACCUGGGCUUCUCGGCUGAGCACGGCUCGUUUGUAAAGACGCCCGAGGAGGGCGAGUGGGUCAACAUGACGGAAGCUCUCGACAUGAGCUGGAUGAGCGAGGUCGAGGACAUUUUCCGGUACUACACGGAACGCACGACGGGCUCGACAAUCGAGCUCAAGAAGGCAAGCAUCACAUGGCACUAUCGCAAUGCGGACCCAGACUACGGCGAGUUCCAGUGCAAGCAGGCGCUAGACCUUCUCGAGUCGAGUCUGGCACCGAGACGGCCGAUCGAGGUCUUGGUCGGCAAGAAGAACCUCGAGGUACGUCCGCUUGCGGUCAACAAGGGCGAGAUUGUCAGACGGCUCGUGUACGAGAACCCCGACGCCGACUUUAUCAUGUGCGCCGGCGACGACAAGACGGACGAGGACAUGUUCCGGUCUCUCCGUACAAUCUUCCCACCUGGCGGACCGCGCGACGGCGAACCCGUGACCAUGAAGCCGCCCGUCGGAGUCACUGCGGCGCUGGAGCCCGACGAGGCCGACGAGCUGCCAGAGGUGAAUCUCAAGAUCCGCCCAUCAGGCGUGUUCAGCAUCACGGUCGGGCCGAGCGCCAAGAAGACGCUUGCGGGGUGGCACGUCACGACGCCCGACGAAGUCGUCGACAGCGUCGAGCACCUGCUUGCGUAG